UUUUCUUCUUCGCGCAAGUCGCAUAAAACCUUUCUUCUUUCUAUCUUCGAGAACAAGCUAUAUCAUACUAUUUACACCUUCCUUGUUCAUCGAACAAUCCCUUUCAACCUCGCAGACAUAGAGGAACACAUCUAAGACACCUUUUAUCCCCUCGAGGGCCUACUUCUUCUAGUCUUAUCUUUUCUCGCAGGCGAGACAAUCAAGUCAACACCAGACAACAAAAAUUACGUAAAACCGUCUUAACUUACUUCAAGAUGCCGCUCUACAGCAUUUCCAAAGCGAUUUCGCUUAUACUUCUCGCGGCCUCGGCCGUUGUUGAUGCCCAUUCCUGGGUCGAACAAGUCCGCAAGAUCGACUCUACUGGUGCCUUCACAGAUCCCGUAGGCUAUCCCUUCGCAUUUAUGAACCGUUCAGCUCUAGGUUUCAUCGACGAGAAAGUCCAGAACAAGAUCUUAGAUACUACGACUAAUCCACCCGUGUGUAAACCCAAGGCCGGUACUUAUGAUCAUCUGGACCGACUCACCGCAGCUCCUGGAGACUAUAUCGCCCUGCUCUACCAGGAGAAUGGACACGUCACCCAGCCCAACCUUACACCGCGCCCAUACCGUGAUGGACUCGUCAGCGUCUACGGUACCCUCCACCACGAGGACUCGGAUGGUAUUAAUGAUGUUCUGGGAUCGUGGACUGCCGAUGGAAAAGGCGGCAACGGCAAAGGUAAACUUCUAGGAACCCAUUUCUACGAUGAUGGUCAAUGUUACCAAAACGCCGGUCACAACUUCGCUAUCCCCAUUUACGCCACACGCUACAAGGAGCAUGGCCUAGAAGAAUUGUACUGCCAGACCGACUUCCAGCUUCCAGAGGAUCUCCCUAACGAGGGGACCUACACAGUCAUGUGGGUUUGGGAUUGGCCUCUCAUCACGUCCGACACUACGAACGUGACCGAGAUCUACACAUCAUGUGCUGAGAUCCAACUUGAGGCCCCCAAGGGUGGUAAGAACACCCAGGUUAAGUUCUCAGAGAGUAAUCCCAUCAACAAGGCGGCCAUCAAGUCCCAGCUUAAGAUGCAGUUCGAGGCCACCGGUUUGGGAAUCGGAACCAACCCCCCAGCUGCACCUACCGAGACUCCAGCUACAUCUACGAAUAACGGCAGCCCAACCUCAGGGACUGCAACUUCGGUGGAAACAUCCACGUCGAAGAAGCAUCAUGGUGGAGUCAAGACCGUUACCGUUACCGCGGAUGCUCAGACAACAACCAAGUGGCAAACAGUCACCGUUGGUGGUGGUGCUGGAAUCACCACCAGACGGUCUGAGUCAUACGCAACUAUCAAUCCUACCCCUACCCAGAACGCCUCUACUUCGGCGAAGCAAGCCGCGCCUACUUCCAUCGUGCCCGUCACAUCGAUCUCUAAGUUCCUGAAGGCACGGGCAACAGGACAGGCGCGACGAAGCAACAGCUAUGCAUGAAGGAGAGGACCUCAAUUAUUUGAGGACCGUAUAACCGGCGUUCAACAACUUUUAUUCCCUUUUUGAUACCCCUUUAUUGAGCAUUUUCUAUUAGGGUUUCUUCGUUUGCACAUAUUUUUCCAUAUUUCCUUCUGUUCAUGCAUUCAUACGCCUGACGUCUGCGCCUGGACGCGCCUUACGACACGACCGCAUACGAGAACACGAUACCCCCUUUUUUUAAGUCAUGGAAUGGCAUCGUAUCACUCGUUCGGAAAGCAUAGCGUUAGCGGUCGUUACUCGGAACGGAAGCGGAGGGCAUUUGUAUUACCGGAUCAACUCAUGAAGCAGUGGGGGAUACGGGAUAUGGCAGAUGGCUUAUCGCCGGGGGAAUGGCAUCUAUCCUAGGGUUAGGAUGGAAAAUACCCCGAAGCCGGCUCUUAGGUUAGGUCGGAUGGACGGACAGGAAGGCGUUUAAGGAUAAGGAGGGGGGGAAUGUUACCGGAAGGGAAGGGAAGGGCUUACACAAAAUGCAUGCAUGGAACACGGGUCAAUCGCAUUUUCAUGGAAUAUGAAUCGUUUCAUUUGUG